AUUCCUGGACAAGGGACGGGCAGCCGCGGGCGUGUUUCGCUCCCGGAAGAGGCGGCAGGAGCGGGACAGGACGUGGAACGGAGCCGAUUUUUCAUCAGAAGCCGGAGCGAUGGAUCUUGAAUACCCCAAGCCGGAGAGGGACCUGAACAGGGUGGAUGAUUACCUUGGGAUUAAAGUACCUGAUCCUUACGCCUGGCUUGAGGAUCCCGACAGUGAACAGACCAAGGCAUUUGUUGAAGACCAGAACAAGCUAACAAUGCCAUUCCUGGAAAAGUGUAGAGUCAGGAACAGACUCAAGGAGCGUAUGACCGAACUGUUUGACUACCCCAAGUAUAGCUGCCCUUGCAGGAAAGGGAAACGGUAUUUUUACUUCCACAACUCUGGGCUACAGAACCAGUAUGUGUUGUAUGUCCAGGAUUCGUUGGAUGGAGAAGCCCGUGUGUUCCUGGAUCCCAACAAGUUAUCCGAGGAUGGGACUGUGGCCUUGAAGAUGCUGGCAUUUUCCGACGAUGAUGAGUACUUGGCAUAUGGACUCAGUAAGAGUGGCUCCGAUUGGAUCACAAUCAAAUUCAUGAAGGUUGAGGGUCCUGAAGAUCUGCCAGACACUCUGGAAAAGGUGAAGUUCAGCUGCCUGUCCUGGACUCACGAUGGAAAAGGUGUCUUCUAUAACUGCUACCCAGAGCAAGAGGGCAACACGGAUGGCACUGAAACCACAUCCAACCUCCACCAGAAACUCUACUACCAUGUGCUUGGCACUGACCAGUCAGAGGAUAUCCUGUGUGCAGAGUUCCUAGAUAAUCCCAAAUGGAACAGUGGAGCCAAGGUUUCUGAUGAUGGUCGCUAUGUAGGGUUAUAUAUUCGAGAAGGUUGUCAGCCCAAGAACCGGGUCUGGUACUGUGAUCUGCACCAGCUGCCAAAUGGCAUAACUGGCCUCUUGCCCUGGGUUAAACUGAUUGACAACUUUGACGCAGAGUACAACUACAUCACGAAUGAAGGACCUGUGUUCUCAUUCAGAACUAACCUCGAUGCCCCUCGCUACCGAGUCCUCAACAUCAACCUGGAGCAGCCGGCUCCUUCACAAUGGAAGGAGCUUGUUCCCCAGCACCCAAAGGAUGUCUUGGAUUGGGCAACCUGUGUCAAUUACAAAUACCUGGUUGUGAAUUACUUAAAGGAUGUGAAGGACAUCCUCCAGCUGUAUGACCUCAUGACUGGAACCUUUCUCAAGGACCUUCCACUGGAUGUUGGUAGCAUUGGUGGAUAUAGCGGACAGAAGAAGAACACAGAAAUCUUCUACCAGUUCACCUCCUACCUCACACCAGGAAUCAUCUACCACUGUGACCUGACCAAAGAGAUUCUGGAACCCAAGGUUUUCAGGGAGGUGGAGAUCAAAGGAUUCGACUUUUCUGAAUAUCAGACGGUUCAGGUUUUUUAUCCGAGUAAAGAUGGGACUAAGAUCCCAAUGUUUAUUGUCCACAAGAAAGGAAUCAAACGAGAGAGAUCCCACCCAGUAUUCCUAUAUGGCUACGGAGGAUUCAACAUCUCACAAACUCCACAUUACAAUGUUGCGUAUCUGAUUUUUGUCAGGCACCUGGGUGGGAUCCUUGCUGUGGCCAAUAUACGAGGAGGAGGAGAGUAUGGAGAAACUUGGCACCAAGCUGGGAUUCUGGCUAAGAAGCAGAACUGUUUCGAUGAUUUCCAGUGUGCAGCCGAGUACCUGAUCCAGGAGGGAUUCACCUGCAAAGAGAAGCUCACCAUCAGUGGAGGCUCCAACGGGGGCCUGCUCGUCGGUGCGUGCGUGAACCAGCGACCUGACCUGUUCAGCUGUGCAGUUGCUGAAGUCGGUGUGAUGGACAUGCUCAAGUUCCACAAGUUUACCAUCGGCCACGCCUGGACCUCUGACUAUGGCUGUUCCGAUGAAAAGGAGCAGUUUGACUGGCUCAUCAAAUAUUCUCCACUCCAUAAUGUCAAGGUACCAGAGGGAGGUGUCCAGUACCCAGCCAUGCUGCUGCUCACUGCUGAUCAUGACGACCGGGUAGUGCCACUUCAUUCUCUGAAGUUCAUCGCCACCGUGCAGCACAAAGUGGGGCGCAGUGCCCAUCAGAAGAAACCUCUCCUAAUCAGGAUUGACACCAAAUCUGGGCAUGGGGCUGGAAAACCCACCACCAAGGUGAUCGAAGAAGAGACAGACAUCUUUGCCUUCAUUGCUGAAAGCUUGCAGCUGGACUGGGUGGAGUGAGGGAGGCCUGUCCUAGCCCGAAGUAAAAUAAAAGGUGACUACUGGUUUUAAGAAGUGGACUGACAAACACUGGAUUGUUUUAGUGUUGUGUCCCCCUCUUUAGUUUCUUCUCCCCCUCUUCUUUCUGUGCCUUUUCUCUUAGCCUGCAUUCCCAUUACCUGAGGGGGUCAGGGAGGAAUUUUCCAGAGAAUUUUUCCUGUUAUUGAUCAUGGAUUUAUUUCUUUUGUCCUGGGGUUAAGCCGCAGAUGUCAAGUCUCAAGGCGUCAGCAAUUUUCUUUGUUCCUGGGAUGCGAGAGUUGUUGGCAGGGCCAGCAUUUAUUCCCCAUCAGCCUUGAGCUGGUGAUGGACAGUGACCUACAGUUUUGGAGCGCAGUUAAGAGUCAGCUAAUUCGCUGUGUGUUUGCAGUCACUUGUAGGUCAGACCAGGUAAGGAGAGAUUUCCACCCCUAACAGGCAUGAGUGAGCCUGAUGGGUUUUUGCAACAGUCCGGUAGUUUCAUGAUCAUUAUUAGUGCAACUAGCAUUUUAUUCCAGAUUUAUUGAUUAAUUGAAUUUAAAUCCCCCCAACUGCUAUAGUGGGAUGUGAACUUGUGUCCCCAGAGCCUUAGCCCAGGCCUCUGGAUUGCUAGUCUAGUAACAUUACCCCAACGCUGUUCCCCUUCAGCCUUCAUGAGUCGGGGGCCUAGGCUUGAUGAAUUAGCUGGUUUAUUCCUGCCCACCAUUUGUGUGUUCAUACAUGUUGGUUGAGAAGGGAGGUGCAACUCUGGUAUUGCUAUUAGAACCAGCAAUCUUCCCACCACCCUUGAUAGGUAGCCUUGAGGCCCCACAACCCUGCAAUCUGAAAUUCCAUUGUCAAAUCACUUGCCGCCAUCCCCUCCACCCCCAGUUUUGCUAACACUUUUCCCUCCUUAAAAUUUGGCUUUCUGGCCUUGAUUUCAAUCAUCUCCUUUAAAUGGUCUCGUGUUCAAUGCCUACUGCUCAUCCAGAGCAUAGGAAGCACUUUGGGACAUUUACAUCUGUGCAGGAUGAUAUACAAACAUAUGUUUUGCACACAGUUCCACUGGUUCUUUCUAGGUUCAGAGGCCUUCAUUCAAUGAAAACUUUUAAGCUAAUUCAUCAUCUAAAGCAUGUCACGGUCCCUUGUGCACUCAUGGGUGAGUGUUAAAGAUCCCAUAACACUUUGAAGUGCAGGAGUUCCACCUGGUCUCCUGGCUAGCAUUUCUCCCUCGAGCAGCAUCACUAAAACAGGUAAUCUGGUCAUUUAACUUCAUUGCUGUUUAUAGGAGCUUGCUGCGCACAAAUUGGCUGUUAUGUUUUCUACAUUACAACAGUGGCUACAAAUCAAAAGUUCUUCAUUGCCUGUGAAGUGUUUGGGAUGUUCUGAAGUCGUGAAAGACACUAUAUAAGUGCAAAUCUUUUUUUGUCUUGAUUGGGACAUUCACUAACACUGAGUUACCUCUUCUUGGACCAGUGCUAAUGCUUGUAAUAACAAUGUUGAUUCAGAAAGCUUGUAGACAACAUUUGUCUGAGAUUGUGCCUGACUAAAGAAUGAAAUAAACAGCCAUACCGAGUCAAA